GUGUUAGUCACGCACACUGACAACUUUGACAGUUUGCGGGAGAAGAAAAAUGAUGCAUUUUGAAUAUCUUUAAUAUUUACGUAAAAUAAAUUGAGUUGCAUUUGAUUUUUUGUUUGUUUACACAUUUGCCUGAUGUAAGCAUUUAAUUUGCAUUCAGGAAAGGAGUUUCGCAUUGGUUUAUUUCCGUAGAAAUGAAUACCUUGGAGAAUCCGAAAUGGCCACGGUCACGAAAGUCGAUUCAUUCGCCGAUGGGUGAGUCAUCACCGCCAUCCCGUCAGUCACCGAUUUCGGCACAAAAGCCACUUAAUCGCAGUAAACCCAGCUAUUCGGAAGACGAUUCUGACAAUGAACUUGAUUCUUUCGAUCGCUCUGGUAAAAUUGGUUCGUUGAAUACAACACGAAGUUCAAAUAGAUCAUCGCAUGAGUUUAUCGAACAUGAACAAAUUGUUACAACUCGUACACGACGAACUGCAAACGACGAUUCGUACAGAUACAAUGAAGAGAGAAAAUUAGAAAUCAGCCGCACCGAGACCACAACUUCUGAUCCAAAAAUUAUCUACCUUGCGGUUUUAAUUGCGGCGAUUUUGGUUGGAAUUGCAAUGUACAUUAUUAUACCAGCAAAAUCAUUGCCAACAAAACGAAUUGAAUGUCCACAAUUUAAGGAAUUAAUGCAAUACUUUAACAAUCAAGAUAUCACACUGUGGAAAUCGUUGAAGGUGAAUAUCGAAAAUGUGGUGAAUCAAACGCCAGCCGCACCAAGUGUUUUUUUACUCGCCUAUCAUGAUGCGGCGACGAGCAAAAAUGUGAUGGCCAAAAUUUUAAAUGCCACAGCAAAUUGCAUGAAAUCAAAUGAUCCGAUUCAAUUGGAUGGUGGGACAUUUGCCACCGAUGCAAUGAUUCAAGAUUAUGGUGAAAUAAUUACAGCCUAUCGUAAACGUCUUGAGAAUGAAGGCAUCAUGUAUGUGGCUGAUUUACACAAAUUACCAGCCGCAGCAGCGCAAGCAUUUCACACAAUCUGCGAUACUUUUACUCCAUUUGUUGAACGAUCGGUCAUAUUUUUCUCCAUGUAUGUAGAUCAAUACGAUGGAAAAGAUAUGUCACCGAAGAAAAUUCAUUAUUUGGUUGAAACACAGCUCGAGAACAAUUGGAACGAUAUUAAUCAUAAUACUUUAAAAGCUCUCAUUGGUCGCAUAACCGAUCAAGUCUUUUUAUUACAUUCAGAAAAAUUAUUAAUUGAUUGAAUCUACAGCUGAUAUAUGUAUAUUUUUUUUAUUGUACUUGUAUUAACUGAAUAAUAUCGAAAUAAAUUUAU